AUGGUUGACGUACCGAUUGUGCAAGACCCAGGACUAUCCUUUUUGCCAGCCCCCAUUCAUGAUUCUAGCUUGCCUGAAAUGCGGAUUCCAACAAACUCAGAUGGCGCUCCUGUCCGAUAUGCACUGGCAAAGAGCUCUCAGAUUUCUGCAAUGGAUUCACAGCUUGAUUUCACUGAACACAUUAGGGCAAGCCUGCACAGCAGAAACAGCACAUAA